CAAUUAGAAUACGAGUUCGAGUUUUCUAUUUAACAAUUAGACUACGAGUUUGAGUUUUCUAUGAGUCAAUAGAUAGUCAACGAGGCGCGUAGCGCCGAGUAUGUUAGAAAACGAGAACGAGUAGUCAAAUUGUUUUAGUAUAAAUCCACUCACAUACUACCUUCGAAUAGCUGACGAUUUUAAUAAUAAUUAUUGUUGUUUUUGCGAAAAACGCCGGUUUUUUCGCUACUCGCUAUCUAUCGCUCAAUAGUACGGGAGCCAAUCAAAUUGCAGGAUUCAUGAUAGUAUGUAGUGGAUUAAAUACAUGUAACACUUAUUAGAUGUAAAAACCGCGCGUUCAUGUAAAAAAAAAAAUCAACACACGCCCAGAGUGCCGCGCACAGCUAUCAGUUAAACUUCGCAAAAUAAAUUUUUGGAGUUUCAAGGCAAACACAGAGAGUGAGUUGAUUUAAAAGAGUAAUCAUGAUAAUAGAUCGUAUGUUUGGUCUGCCUGUGGUUUUUCAAAGUAGACGUCUAUUGGUUGGUCUACCUGUGGUGGAGAGAUUCAAAAUGGCUGCUCGAGCGGCCUUUUGCACGGCGGUUUUUCAGAGCAUUGCUAUUCUCUUAAUGUCUCAGUCUAGCUCUUCUGCAAAGAUCGCCGUGCUAGUUAUCCCGAAUGGAAUCAGUCAUUUCUAUAUGAUGGAACCAAUUGGCCAAGAGCUGGAGGCACGGGGUCACGAGGUGACAUAUAUUAUGUGCUCUAUGGAACCCAAACUCUACACCAUCAAUGCAAGACGGAUUUUGAUUUACGAUGUAAAACACCCUGUUAACGCUCUUGUUGAAGCCAGUGCGCUUAAGCUCGCAAGAACAGGCUCCUUGUCGUGGCCUAAUGCUGUUAAGGUUCUGGAUAUUUUAAGUGAUGCCUGUGAUACUGUUCUUUCCAAUCAAACUAUUUUAUCAGCCCUGAAAGGAACAGAUCUUCUUUUUGGUGACAGUUCCAUUUUUGGAUGCAGUCAGCUGCUUCAGCUCAAGACCGGCAUACCACAUAUUGUUGAUUUCCUGGCCUGGGGUUUUAAUGAUCCGUUUGUAGCAGCCUACGGUGUUGACUGGCCUCUCUCCUAUAUCCCAAGUGAAAUCUCAUUUUCCUCACCUAGAAUGACAUUUAUGAAAAGAGUAGAAAAUGUGAUGUUUUAUUUGUUUAUGCAAAUAAUUGUUCCACUGUUGAGGUCAAGAGUAACUGGGCGGCUUCAACACAAGCAUGGUAUCGCAGCCGACAAGUCUGUUGCUGAGCUUCUAGGAGACACAGAUAUUGUACUUGCUCCAGCAGAUUGGUCCCUAGAAUGGGCACGCCCACUUCCACCAAAUGUUAAAGUGAUAGGUUCCCCAUCUCAAAGGCAAGCUAUGAAGUUGCCAAGGGAAUUUGAAGAUUUCAUAGCAUCGGCAGAACAUGGUGUGGUACUAGUGUCAUUUGGAAGCAUGGUGAUGAGCUUAGAUGAUGCAGUUGUUUCUAAACUUGCGAAUGUAUUCUCAAAACUCAAGUACAAGGUGAUAAUCAAGUUUGGUGAUUCUUUUCCUAAGACUGACAAUGUUAUGCUUGUGAAGUGGAUGCCUCAGAAUGACAUACUUGCAAACUCUAAUGUUAAACUAUUCAUAACCCAUGGAGGGGCUAAUAGCGUCUACGAAGGGUGUGGCCAUGGGGUGCCCUUGCUGGUAACCCCCCUCUUUUCUGACCAGUUUGGAUAUGGAGAGAAAGUGAAGGCUGCAGGUUUAGGGAUUUCUGUGAGCCUGAAGGAAUCUACAGCUGAGGAAAUGAUUAAAAACAUCAAUGAACUAAUAGAAAAGCCCUGCUACAAAGAAAAUGCGUUGAGGGUUUCCAGACUUAUGGAGGACAAACCCCAGACACCACAACAAGAAGGCGCUUUUUGGAUAGAAUAUGUCAUUAGAAACAAUGGAACCCAGCACCUUAGACCAUCAGGCCGGGACCUUCCAUUUUACCAGUACUUCCUUUUAGAUGUUAUGCUAUUUUUUGGAACUAUCAUUUCCAUUUUUGUAUUCAUGCUGGUUAAAUGUUUAAAAGUAGUUAGAUUCAAAAGUGGACUGAGCACCGUGAAACGAAAAGAAGAAUAGGACAUCUCCAACAAUGACUGGCCAUUAUAAUUUUGGGGUUUUGUGUAUUUUAGGGUAAGGCAAAGUAAAAAUAAAAAUAUGUUCAUCGUCCUGAUGAUAAAGUGUAUAAUUAUCCUUAUCAACAGAGCUGUAAUAACCUGCAUAGUGUUGGGUACUUCUUCCAAAGUUCCACUUCACAGUUGUGCGCCAUUAUGCAGGCUAGGACCAUAGUCACCAGUGGCAGGUUGUUCUGAUCCAAAGCUCGUAAUCUUUGUUCAAACUAAAACUCCAAAGCAUGGGACCAUGUUUAUAAAUUAAUUAACAAUUAGAUACCUCUAGAAUAAUAUAAUCAGGAACAAUUCCAUACUAUUUGUUCAGUUUUAAUGAAUAUAAGAGAUCAAUAAGUUACAUAUAUGUAUACCUGCCGACUUUCUCCCCCAUUGAAAUUUGCAUGGCAACAGAAGUAAAAUAAUUUUUGACACAUUGAUGAAAUGUAAAAUGAAUGUAGAAAUAAACAAUUUUUCAGAAAA